AUCUAUACUUAAAAUAUAAAAAAUCGGCUUCCGAAUGUCCCCAAACUUGUGCCUAGUAAUUGGGACAAGGCUAUUAAGACAUUACUUCUGCUUUAUAUAGUAUUUUGAAUGCAAUUCAAAACAAAAGUCGUUGUUUAGCUCAAAUUACAAGUUUGAUAAAAGAAGUUUCAAAAAUGUUGAAUAGGUCAGUUCAUUCAUUGUUCAGCUGCAAUGCGUUUAUUAGCAAAAGAUAUAUUCAAAGUGUUUACACAAUAAAUCCAAAAACUAAGGCACAAGAGCAGGAAAAGCAAGCAUGCUAUUUAACAAAAACUAUAAUAAAACCAGGUUUACCAGAAGUUUAUUCAGGGAAAAACGUUUUAAUACCUGAAAGUGACCGAUUGUCAAUAAUUGCAUCAAUAAAAAAUUGCGUGAUUGAAACAAAUUUAUUUCAGAGGGAGGAAAAACUGAAAUUUACGAAAUGGACAGGUGACAGAAGUAAACUCCGACUAACUCAUAAACAUCAUCAUAGUUUAUCAGUACCAUUGUUGCUUAAUAUUUUUAAGGUUAUAUGGGGAUCAAAAUGCUCCAGAGAUGCUGGUCUUCUUUUAAAAAACUUUUCAUAUCGACCUGACAUUGCUGCACCUUGGGAAAGGUUAGGUCAAAAACUUCAAGUGACAGGAAAAAUUGGUCAAUUAGUUAGUGGAAAUUCAUUACUUCCAUUAUUUACUGAAGAUAUCUCAUCAAGUUCUAAUGAAAUCCUAAAGUGGGAUGAUGUUAUAUCACCUUUCUUUGACUUACACACUUAUGAAACGAAAUUUUUACCAAGGUCUGGUUUUCACGAAGGUAGUCCAUAUCCAUACCCCCAAACUCUUUUGAUCAAUAAUCCAUUUAAUUGGUAUACUAGAUAUACAACAGGACAAGCAAUAUUCUACAGUUUCGCACACAGUCUUGUGUUUGCAUUAAAUAAUGGUGAGGAGAUGGGCAAAGACUUAAAAUCACCUAUACCAUUUCAGUGUAUUUCCUUUGAUGGAGACACGUUCACAUUUGUUUGCUACCAGCUUAAUACUUUAAACUUUAAAGAUGACAGUGGUACAAAGAAUUUUGCAUGGAUUUCAAGUGAGAAUAAACUGUACGAUAACGUAAGAGAAGAAAUUUUUCCAAAAGAUUCUGUUUGCAAAGAUAAACCAAGUGAUUGUAUUGAGUAUAUUGGUAAACGUGUUUCUUUAACAGAUUUUAAUCGUAAGCGAUUAAGUGAAUCAUUUGAAGAUGAACAUAUAAUGCGAGUUUUUAUUGAUGGUUAUAACAAUGAAGCAGCCAAUACGUUUUUAGAAUUCAUAUUUAACACAAACAAAAAAGCUCUAAAUAUGCAAACUUGUACUUAAUUUGUGUAAUGAAAAGUCAUUUAAAUUGUUUUUA